AUGAAUAUUGAAGAAAACAUCAUGAAGCAGAAAUCAAGGGUACAAUGGUUACAACUGGGAGAUGGAAACACAACAUACUUUCAUGCUAGCUUGAAGAAUAGAGAAGCUCAGAAUAGGUUUACAAGCUUAAUCACAAAUACAGGAAGGACUAUUACUAGUAGAGCUGAGAUUGAGGAAGAAAUUACAGAUUUUUACAAGCAAUUAUUGGGAUUUUGUGCCACUCAAUUACUUGCUGUAAACAUAAGGGUAAUGAAAAAUGGUCCAGUUUUGAAUAGAAGCCAACAAAGUCACCUUAUUGCACCUGUGAGCAGAAAGGAAGUGGUUAUGGCAUUGCAGGGUAUAAAUGACAACAAAGCUCCUGUAUGUGAUGAUUUUAGUGCAUAUUUCUUCAGGCAGACUUGGGGACAGAUAGGAGAGAAAAUUAUUGAUGUUUGUCCUACAUUUCUUCUCCACAUGUGA